GCGGAGGGCCGGGCGGGCCGAGGCCCCUCCUCCCGCCCCAAGAUGGCGUCGCUGCUGCAGUCGGAGCGGGUCCUCUACCUCGUCCAGGGAGAGAAGAAGGUCCGGGCGCCGCUCUCGCAGCUCUACUUCUGCCGCUACUGCAGCGAGCUCCGGUCGCUGGAAUGCGUCUCCCACGAGGUGGAUUCCCAUUAUUGUCCCAGUUGCUUGGAAAAUAUGCCAUCAGCUGAAGCCAAACUGAAAAAGAAUAGAUGCGCAAAUUGCUUUGACUGUCCUUGCUGCAUGCACACCCUCUCCACCCGGGCCACCAGCAUCCCCACGCAACUUCCAGAUGACCCGGCCAAGACGACCUUGAAGAAAGCCUACUAUCUAGCCUGCGGGUUCUGUCGCUGGACCUCUCGAGAUGUGGGCAUGGCGGACAAAUCUGUUGCCAGUGGAGGUUGGCAGGAACCUGAAAAUCCCCACAACCAAAGGAUGAACAAACUGAUCGAGUAUUAUCAACAGCUGGCUCAGAAAGAGAAAAUUGAGCGAGACCGCAAGAAAUUGGCACGGCGUCGAAACUACGUGCCACUGGCUUUUUCGCAACACACUAUUCAUGUAGUGGAUAAAUACGGACUCGGAACCCGACUUCAGCGGCCCCGGGCUGGAGCUCCUAUCAGUACACUUGCUGGACUUUCCCUCAAGGAAGGAGAGGACCAGAAAGAAAUCAAGAUUGAGCCAACACAGGCUGUGGAAGAAGUGGAACCUCUACCUGAGGACUAUUACACGAGACCAGUAAAUUUAACAGAGGUGACCACCCUACGUCAGCGUCUCCUGCAGCCCGAUUUCCAACCAGUCUGCGCUUCCCAGCUGUAUCCUCGCCACAAACAUCUUCUAAUCAAACGAUCCCUGCGCUGUCGGAAAUGUGAGCAUAAUUUGAGUAAACCAGAGUUCAAUCCAACAUCUAUCAAAUUCAAAAUACAACUGGUGGCCGUCAGUUACAUCCCUGAAAUAAGAAUCAUGUCAAUUCCCAACCUACGCUACAUGAAGGAGAGCCAGGUUCUCUUGACUCUGACCAACCCCGUAGAGAACCUUACUCAUGUGACACUGAUGGAGUGUGAGGAGGGAGAUCCCGAUGACAUUAACAGCACCGCUAAGGUGGUGGUCCCGCCCAAGGAACUUGUCUUAGCUGGCAAGGACGCAGCGGCAGAAUAUGACGAGUUAGCCGAGCCCCAGGAUUUUCAAGAUGAUCCUGACAUCAUCGCCUUCAGGAAAGCCAACAAGGUGGGCGUUUUCAUCAAGGUUACCCCCCAGCGAGAGGAGGGCGAUGUGACCGUGAGCUUCAAGAUGAAGCACGAGUUCAAAAACCUGGCAGCGCCGUCCCGCCCCGUCGAAGAAGGCGACCAGGGCUCUGACGUUACCUGGCUCACUCAGCACGUGGAGCUCAGCCUUGGCCCCCUGCUCCCCGAAAGGGUCUGAUGGCCCCCUAAAGAUGGCUCUGGGACAGAUUCGCACCGGAACAGAACCCAUUGAAACGCUAAAGCCACUGCUUCAUCAGGCCUCAUUUCCGACGUACCCACACACUACCGAUUCCGAGGGGAAGGGGAGGCGCGGGAAUAGAUCUGCUUCACCACUCCUCUCCCUUUUCCUCUCUCUCCUUCGCUAGAACGCUCUCCGUGUAAAUCUGCGGCUUGGCCGCAGCACCCUGGGCCCACCUCAAGUGACAGCCCGAGUUCCAAAGCGGGGGAAGAAGGUUCUGGCCAUUCCCAGCCCAGUGUCACCUCUUCCCGGAGUUUCCUUAGAUCUGCAACCUAAGGGGAAACUCUGGCUCUUUUGUCUUCAGUCUAAUCUUAAGGAAGAAACCAAAUCCCCUCCCAGAGGCAGACCGGCGAGUGUUUGCCAGUCAACAUUCCUGGAACCAGACCCCUCUGUUUGUCUGCCAGCCACCAGAAAUCCCAGCAGUUCAAACAGAGCUCCGUCCUUCGUUCGGCUGUGUCUGUUUAUGAUGAUGAUCUUCCCGGGUUUUCAGAAAGAGUAAAGUGGGCUGGUGUGGUGCGGCGGGAAGAUCAUCUGAAAUGCAGAGAAGGAUGAGGCUUAUGUCUUCCUCAAAAAAACACAUUCUGCCAUUCUCUAUGUGACUACCUGAUACUUGCAUGAAUGCUGUUAAAUUCUCUCUGGCGAAGAGCGGAGGCUGUGGUGUGUGAGAAUAUGAGCAGGCAGCAAAGGUCAGGUCACUGAAUCUCAGACUUUGUGUCUGGAAGAAUUCAGACCAGGCAGCAAAGGUCAGGUCACUGAAUCUCAGACUUUAAGCGUCACUGGAAGUAUUCAGACUGGGCUGCUGUUGAGGGUGGAGUGGUUUUUCUCUCUCCUCUCUCUAAUCCUCUGGGUGGUUUUCAGUAUUUGAGAACUGGCCAAGGACCAAGGGACACUGCAGUGGACAUUGGCAUUGUUUAGAAAAGUCCUUCAAGAUUCCAGGUGUCCGCUGCUUUCCAGUAAUUUAAGGGAGAAGCGAUCCCCUGAGAUGGCCGGAAUCCGGGGCAGAACAGUAGGAGAAAGGCUGCCGUCUUCCUUUCGAUAAUGAUCGCGGUGCCUUUUUGGAGGCUAUUUUGAUGGCUGCUUUUAAGAAGUCACUGAGAGAGCUAAGGCGGGAUACCUGCAUCCCCAAUUUCAGAUCCCAAAUGUCCCAUUUUAUUAGUAGUGUUAUUUACCUCGGCGUCCAACUUUGAAAGGAAGGUUCUGUGUACAAGAAGUCGCUCCUGGAUUGUUUAUAAAUUCUGGGUUGGAGUGCAGUUUUGUAACCCCCGUUCCGUUGGUCCGAGUCAAGAGAAUGUCUUCAACAAAAAACCUCGUGUAAUCAUUGAAUGCAGAUAGGCAGAAUAACUUGCCUACAACCCAGAGAACAAACUAAAAAAUAGGGAUGUGUGGGGAUAAUGAUGAUCACUAAGUUCUCCUUGUUAACAAGGAGCAAGUACUGUAGAUGGAAUUUUCCUACUUCAAAAAAAAAAAAACCACGCCACGGAGGAAAGAAUAAUGAUCCAAAUCGACGUUAUCGAAAAUACAAUAAUAAUAGCUUAGCACCUUGGGGUGUCGUUAACUCAUCCCCUCUGCAACGGAAGCACUUUCGGUCAUCGAGGAGAGUUAUAUUGAUUGUGAGCCUGCUGACGGCCUCUGGGAAGGCGCUAUUUUUUCUUUGCUAGUGAGGAAAAUGGGUGACAAGAGAAUAGCUUCAUAUGGUAUAUUUACACUUUCAUAGAUUCCAGUUGUUCAGCAUGAAUUCCCGAAGUGUAGCUGGUAUUUAUUCUUAAAUGUAAUGUUAAAAUAACGGUGUCUGCUACUGUCAUUUCGCCCUAUUACACGAUUCGUAGAGCUUCGGUCAUAAGUUUUAUUUCAUUCGGGAGCCAGAUAGGAAAAUGGCAGAAGAAACUGACACACCCUUGAAAUAGUUUUCAGUGCAGACUGGUAACUUUUAUUGUGUUUGUGGAAGUGGCUCGCCCCGAGAACCUAAGGAAUUUGAAGUUUUGUCGUCGUUCCGUACUAGAUCACGUGAAAGAUUCUUUAGUCCUUAGACGACGUCUCUGAUCGCGGGAGUAUCGGAUGCCAUCGGUCCCCCGAGUUAUUACUUUAGAAACUGCAGGCCGUGUUGGGUUUGUGGUUUAACCGCCCUCCCCAGAUGAUCUUUUUUUUCCUUAAUGCUUGUAACUACAACUGAAUACCACGCAGACCUGCCCCGAAAGAUCCCGCUUGUUCCCCGAGGGGAAUCACGAAGGCGCUCCGUCUCGAUCUUUGCUAGGGACAGGUUACUGUGUUGCCUUAUUGCUUAACUCCAUGUAGUGAAAGAACAAAUAAAGCGGAUGAGAAACCCAC